AUGCUGGUGAAUUCAGAAAUGUACGAAGGAAGUGCUUACUAUGAUCCAUCUCAUCUGGAAUCACUCAUUGAUCAUCAAGAUGACAACGCUUUAUCCCAAACCCAUCUCCACAAUUUCCAUCAAACCCCCAAUUUUUCCUCCAUUGAAGCAUCAGCAGAUUAUCAGCUCAUCAAUAUGGAUAUGGAUCACCAAAACCAGAUGAUCCAUGACCUCAAUUGGACCACUCACUCUCACGAUCAAAUUCAAAUGGGGAACGACAACAAUUGUAUAUCAAACAUGCCUUUAAUCACUCCAAAUCCAACCCCACCAGAUCUUCUCAAUCUUUUCCAGUUACCCAGAUGCUCAAAUUCAUCAAUCUCAUUCUCAAACCCGACCCACAUGGAUCAAACCUCGGGUCAAGUAACUUACGAUCCUUUACUACCGUUAAACCUCCCUCCACAGCCUCCGUUUUUCAGAGAAUUGCUUCAUUCUCUGCCAAACGGGUAUAACUUGACGGCCAGCGGGUCGAUAUUUGGGGAAAUGGAUAUGGAGAGAGAAGGGAUGCAUCAAUUGUACCAUGAAGGCGAUGGGGUUUUGAAGUUCAGUGGCGACAUUAAUGGAAUCGUUGGAAAAGGAAGAGAUGUUAAAGACACUAAACAUUUUGCCACCGAAAAGCAUCGAAGGCAACAACUGAAUGAUAAAUAUGAUGCCUUAAAGAACUUGGUCCCUAAUCCCACCAAGGCGGAUCGAGCAUCGGUGGUAGGAGAUGCAAUCAAAUACAUAAACGAGCUGAAAAGAGAGGUGGCGGAACUCACGAUUCUCGUGGAGAGAAAGAGAUGCAAUCGAGGAAGGAUGAAGAAACACAAAACCGAAGACGACUCCACAUUAGACGUUGAAAGCAUCAGCACGAGGCCAAACGGUGGCGGUGAUCAUGAUCAACAAGCAGCGUACAACGGUAAUUCGACUUCCACAUUACGGAGCUCGUGGCUUCAGAGAAAAUCGAAGAACACCGAAGUUGAUGUCCGGAUCAUCGAUGAUGAAGUUACCAUCAAAUUAGUCCAGCAAAAGAGAAUCAAUUGCUUGUUGUUUGUUUCCAAAGUUCUUGAUGAACUUCAAUUGGAUCUUCAUCAUGUUGGUGGUGGCCUCAUCGGUGAUUUCUACAGUUACCUGUUCAAUACCAAGAUUUGUGAAGGGUCGUCGGUUUAUGCAAGUGCUAUUGCAAAUAAGCUAAUUGAGGUGGUGGAUAGGCAUUAUGCAAGUAUCCCAGCAGCUACUGGGUAUUAG